CGAGAACCCGAACAUCGGAGUCUUAUCCGACGGUAACCAGUCCGUCCCGCGGCCGCUUAAAGUCAUCGUAAAAAACCUCGGCUGCCAGCUUCAGCCUCAGCUACAAUCAUUACGUUGCAUCUAUCCGCCUGCUGGCAGUCUCGAGAGAGAAAAAGGAAGACAAAACAGGCCGCAGUGCAGAUACCUCUCUGAGCAGAAAUACACCAACAUGAUUCCGAUUGCCAGACACUCCGUCCUAAGGGCCUCCCGAUCACGGCUCUACCCGUCACGGCAGCUCAAUCAGUCCCCGCUUUCUGCACUGUCGCGCCUCCUCUCGACUCUGGCCGUUCUCGAACAACGAGAUGGGAAGCUCCAGCAUUCAUCGCUCGCUGCUAUUGCGGCAGCUCAGAAACUAGGGGGUCCCGUUGCGGCUUUCGUGGCGGGAAGCGGUGUUAAGGGCACUUCUGCUGCGGAGGCGGCGAAAGUUAAGGGUCUUGACAAGGUUGUCGCUGUGGAUAAUGAUGCCUACGAAAAGGGCUUGCCGGAGAACUAUGCUCCCCUUCUCGUGGAGAACAUCAAAAACGGCGGAUAUACGCAUGUCAUCGCCGCACACUCUGCCUUUGGAAAGGGACUGUUGCCUCGUGUAGCUGCUUUGUUGGACGUGCAACAGCUUUCUGACGUUACUGAGAUCCAGAGCGAGGAUACUUUUGUCCGCCCAAUAUACGCCGGAAAUGCAAUCCUUACUGUCCAGUCAACCGAUCCGAUCAAGGUUCUCACCGUGCGAGGCACCGCAUUCCAGGGCACCGAGACGGAGGGAGGAUCCGCUGAAAUCGUUGAUGGAACAGACCCCAACGUCCCCAGUCCAACUGAAUGGGUUUCUGAAGACCUGGCCAAGUCCGAACGCCCCGACCUAGGCUCCGCAUCCCGCGUUGUGUCCGGUGGCCGUGGAUUGAAGUCGAAGGAGGACUUCGACAGAAUUAUCACCCCGCUGGCGGACGUUCUGGGAGCCGCCAUCGGUGCAUCCCGUGCUGCCGUCGACAGCGGAUUCGCUGACAACAGUCUCCAGGUUGGACAGACUGGCAAGAACGUCGCUCCGCAGCUUUACCUGGCUGCCGGAAUUUCCGGUGCCAUUCAGCAUUUGGCGGGUAUGAAGGAUAGCAAGGUCAUUGCAGCCAUCAACAAGGACCCCGAUGCACCGAUAUUCCAGGUUGCUGAUGUGGGAUUGGUUGGUGACCUGUUCGAAAAGGUGCCCGAGUUGACCGAGAAGUUGAAGAACCAGACAUAGUCUAAAGCCAUUUGUUAUUGUUCUUGGUUAUUUCGUCUUGCUGCUGGCUCUUUUCUUCUUGUAUAGUGGUUUCCUGAUUGGUGUCGGUCAUGAUCUGUUGCGCUUCUCCUUAGUUAUUAAUUGGAAAGAUUCAUGCCAAACUGUAUACCACGAGUGAUAAAAAUUGCUAUAUCAUGAAGGUCGAUGCUAGCACGAAGGGGAUCAGCCAGCAAUAUCUAGUAGAGACAGCUUGAGGCAUUUCUUCCUCCAGCAUGUAUUAGGGCUUCAUUACGAGUUGUUAUAUGAACGGUGCUAUUUAUGUACUACAAUGCACGGAGAAU